AUGGGGAUUGAUGAUGCAGCAGAGGAGCAAGCCCUCUGCACCACCUGUGCCGUCAGUGCCAUUAAAUCUGGGCACAGCUGUGAAAGAUUUACAGGAGUAACUUCAGCGUCUCUCCCUUCAGUUGAGGCAGGAGCAGAGCAGAGCAGUCAAGGAAUCGCUGCUUUCUCUCCUCCCACCUCUGUGCAUCAUUGCAGCCCACCAGCUUUGGCGCCUCCAGUAGAGCCUGAGGCACCGGGCCGAGCCGCUUCUCAGCGAGCGCUGCCGCCAUCUUGGAAUCUCAACCAACGGUCGCUAAAGGUCCUUCAGCUUCCACGCUCUGGAAAACCCGCACUCCAGGCUAAGGCAGAGCAGCCACACGGCCCAACUCUACCCUGGGCAGGCAGCGAAGCCAUCUCCUUCGCCACACCACCCAGGGCAACGCCAAGGUACUGUACCAAACAAGUAGCUGCCACUAGGUCCUCUUUAAAGGAUUUGGCCAUGGAGACCAAAAAGGGACUGCCAGGGACUGGGCUAGCUACACGUCGCUCCCUGGUGCACUACCUGCAGGACCGCCAGGUGGGUGCGCAGGGACGGCUGGCAGAAAGGGGUUUUGAAAGUCAGCUGAACAGCCUCGCAGCACGGAGCCUGCCCCAAAUGUUGAGGGAACACCAACUGGACCUGGGCACCCUCAACAAAGUGUUUGCUUCACAAUGGCUGAAUAACAGGGAAGUGGUGUGUGGCACCAAGUGUAACAAGCUGUUCGUGCUGGACGUGCACUCGGGCCAGAUCACACACUGCCCCCUCAUGGUGGACAGAGAGCCUCCUCGAGCCGGGAGCCUGCCUGGCUGUGGCAUCCACGCCAUUGAGCUGAAUCCCUCCAAGACACUUCUGGCCACAGGGGGCAAGAACCCCAAUAGCCUGGCCGUGUACCAGCUGCCCACCAUGGACCCUGUGUGCCUGGGUGACAUCCAAGGCCACAAAGACUGGAUCUUUGCCAUCGCCUGGGUGAGUGACACCGUGGUGGUGAGCGGUUCCCGUGAUGGCACCCUGGCCUUGUGGCAGUUGGACCGUGAACUUUUCCAGGAUGGCAAUGUUCGGCCCAGUAGCAGUGGCAUCCCCGUGUAUGGCCACAUCCGUCCAAUGGAUAUGGUCGAUAUCUCUACAGACAGUCCUCUUCCCAGUCACCACGAUGUACGUGCCUUGGCCUUCAGCAGCAGAAACCAGGAGCUGGGAUCAGUUUCUCUGGAUGGCUACUUCCACCUCUGGAAACCUCAGAGCAACCUGUCCAGGCUGCUCUCCAUCAGGAUGCCUUACUUUGGAGAAAAUGUGUGCAUGACCUACUGCGAUGAGUUCUCCCUGUAUGCUGUGGGCUCUAGUACCUAUGUCUCUUUCCUGGAUCCACGCCAGCCACAGGACAACUUACGGCCCCUGCACUGCAGGGAUCUCGCCACCAGUGUGUAUUCACUGAGCUACAACCAGGACAUCAUCACCUUGGGAACAGGGCAUGGCUCCCUGCUCUUCUAUGACGUCCGUGCCCACAAGUUCCUAGAGGACAGCCGUGAGAUUUGCCAGGACUCUUCUGCAGGGUCCGGGAGGAGAAUGCUGAAGCUCACCUGUAGCAGGGGCUGGAUCAACCAGGAAACCAUCUGGGCAGACCAGUUUGUAGAUUUAGACCAACCACCAAAUGCACUAUAUACCCACUGCUACAACUGGCCAGAUAUGAAGCUCUUUGUGGCUGGAGGGCCUCUCUUUUCUGCUCUCCAUGGAAACUAUGCUGGCCUGUGGAGCUGAGGAUGACUGCUAUUGCUCAAGGUACUCAUUGACACCCUCUACUUCUUUGUGUUUUCCACUGUUGUGCUGAGUUCAUGCUUUUAAUUUCCUAAUUUUUGCUUU